AUGAGCCGGGCGUCGCCCCCUGCAACCGAGGCGGACGUUGCAGCGGCCGAGUCGCCCGUGCGCCGCGGCAGCGGCCCUGCCAAUCCAGUGACGGUUGGACUUGUCAACCUCAUUACAGAGGCGCUUCGUGUGCUGGGCGUCGGGCAGCAGCGGUACGAACGCGUCCGGGAGCAGCAGUCCCUAGAGCCGCCAUUGUCACCCGGUGACGUGGACGGCGUCGUGCGCCGCAUAACUGCCGACUUUGGCAACGGCUACUUCGUCACCGGCGUCAUCGACAGCGCGGUGUAUGACGAGCAGUGCACGUUCGUGGACCCCACCAUCUCGUUUUCUGGCCUUGACCUGUGGAAGCGCAACCUGGCCCUGCUGACGCCCUUCCUGCUGAGCCCAAAGCUGGACCUGCUGACGAUGCGGCGCAUGGGGGCCAACGCAAACGGCAUGCAGGAGCUGGAGGCCACGUGGGCGCUGGCCACCUGGCUGCGCCUGCCGUGGCUGCCGCUGGUCUCCAUUGAGGGGUCCACGCGGUUCACGCUCAACGCAGACGCCAACAGGGUCGUGAGGCACGUGGAGAGCUGGAACGUGACGGCCGGGGAGGCGCUGCUGCAGCUGUUCAAGGCCACCCCCGGCCCACCUGCACCCUGA